GACACCUUGGGUGCUUCAGUUUCACAUGAGUUUUAGACCAUUCCAUUGGUCCUUAAGGUCCUGGCUAUGCAAAACCAGCAGGCCCACUGCUUCAGAUCUCUCUGUGACAACAGCAGACAACAAUAUACAGAUCCGUGCAACCACACUAAAAUUUUAGUAAUGGAACAAGGAAGAGGAAGGACUCUGAAGAUUCUGUUCCUGUUGACACUCUGGCUGCAAGACUUCACUGGUCAAUGCCAAGUUUCAGGGCAGCCCUCUAACCUGAAGAUAGUUCUGCUGGGGAAGACUGGAUCAGGGAAGAGUACAACAGGAAACACCAUCCUGGGGAGGGAGGUGUUUAGAGCGGGGGCUUCUCCAGUGUCUGUGACUGCACAGAGUGAGAAACGGAGUGGAGUGGUGGAUGGGAGGAAGAUUGAUGUCAUCGACACCCCGGGACUCUAUGACACAACAAUGUCUAAAGAAGAGAUGAAAAGUGAAAUAGUCAGAUGUAUAGAAAUGUCAGUGCCAGGACCUCACGCCUUCCUGCUGGUGAUCAGACUGGGGAGGUUCACAGAGGAGGAGAGGAACACUGUGAAGUGGAUCCAGGACAACUUUGGAGAAGAAGCCUCAAUGUACACCAUCUUGCUGUUCACACAUGGAGAUCAACUGAAGGGUAAAUCAGUGGAAGAGUUUCUGGCUGAGAGCAAAGAGUUACGGAAACUCAUCAAUAUCUGUGGGGGCAGAUAUCACUCCCUAAUCAAUGACAAGAGAGAAGACAGUCAGGUCCCAGAGCUGCUGAAGAAGAUAGAGGAGAUGGUAAAGAAGAAUGGAGGACAACACUACACCAAUGAGAUGUACCAGGAGGCCCAGAGGAAGAUCGAAGAGGAGGAGGAGAGGAAGAAACAGGAAAAGGAGAAGAGAGAGAGAGAGAGGAGACAGGAGGAGGAAGAAAGAAGAAGAAGAGAAGAGAAAUUGAAUGACUGCAAGUGGUCAGCACUUGCCAGUACGGCUGCAUUGGGGUUGGGAGCCAUGUUCAGCUCUCCAUGGUCGUUAACAGCAGGGGCUGCAUUAGCCGCUGUUAAAGGUUAUCAGUGCAUGGACACCUAUUUCACCUCAGAAGACCAGGAGAAAUAAGAUUUCCACAUCCACCAUCUCAGAUUGUUUUGAAAUUAAGAUUAAUUAUUGUGUUAUAUAAUAUAAAUAGAAUUUGAUCUCUGAGAAAUUAAUAAAUAAAUAAAAUAUAUUGUGCCUAAA